CUGAAAUGUCCUUCAACGACUUAGAAAGAGGGACAGGCGGCAGCAGCAGCACUCGCGGCGGGUAUGGUGCCAAGAACAACAGCGGCGCCAUCACCUCCGGCCCGGGCUCCAUUCGUGGCUCACCCUCACGCCGCAACGAUGCCAAUAACGCCUCAACAGGCGGAGGUUCCUCCCUACCCCUCUAUCAUGCUUCUGCCUCUAGCAUAUCACCUUCGACAGACGAUGAGGACGAGGAGUCCCUCUCUGCCGAGCAGCUGGCGGAAUUGAAGCGCUUGUCAGAUGGGAUUGGGGCGCAGCUGUUCAAGGUCAAUAGUAACACGGCUGCUGUGGAGAAGCUGGUCAAGUUGGCAGGAGACGAAGCCAAGAAGGGGGCGAGGGGAGGGACACAGCAGCAAAGCAAUAGAGACUGGACAAAGAGGGCCCACGACCUCGUCGAAUCCACCCGCUCAGUCAUCAAGUCUACCACCCCUCAACUCAAGCAACUCUCCACGCUCAUCGUCAGCUAUGAGUCUCGCUGCCCACCGCAAUAUCGCCUCACCCUCUCCAAGCUCCAGCGCGACUUCGAACAGGCGGUCCAGGCCUUCGCCGAAGCGCAGAGGCAGAGCGCUAGGAGGACGAAGGAGGACCUCGAAGGGGCAAAGAGAAGGGCAGCAACCGCUGCGGCUGCGAAUGCAGACGCUGGACCGGCUACGAGUAGCUCGCUGGUACAGAUUGAGGCGGACGAGCAGGCUGCCAAACAAGGCGAUGAGGACAGUGACUCUGCUCUCCAGGAGCAGACUCAGACCCAGACCCAGACUCAAGCAACAGCCGGUCCAUCUCAAGCUGAUCUCGAGUUCCAAGAAUCUCUCAUCGCCGAGCGCGAGUCCGAGAUCCGAGAGAUCGAGUCAGGGAUCCACGAGCUCAAUGAGAUCUUCCGCGAUUUGGGCACGAUAGUGCAAGAGCAGGGCGGAAUGAUCGAUAACAUCGAGUACAACAUUGGGGAGAUUGCGACCAAUACCGAGGGCGCAGAUCGAGAAUUGGUGCAAGCUAGUGAUUAUCAGAGAAAGGCUGGACGCAGGGCGGCAUGCUUGAUGCUGGUCGUUGGAUUUGUGGUCGCCGUGGUGUUGGUGGCAAUCCUCAGCUGAUCCACACAGCAAGUACGGCACUUCUAGUACCCAUUUCUGCUUCCUCUUCCUCCUCGUUUCGCCGCUCCACCCUCCGUCAUCGACCUCGCCGCUCUUCUCCCUUUGGCUUCACCUUCGUCUCGACCUCCUGAUUUGCGCUCCA